CUUCUUUCUUUUGCAAACCAUUUAUCAACGCCGCCACCUCCGACAACGCCUUUGCCUACCUCUGCCGCCUCUGCCCAACGCCACCACCUCUGCUUGAUUUCCCUCACGUGGUGUUUUUUUAUUGGAAGAUUCCUAAAUCUAACAUCACCUGAAAAAAUGCCUAUGUUCUUCCUUGCUCCUCCCAUAUAACCAACGGUUUGCUUGACACUCUGACGACCAUGAGCAGAGGAGCCCACCUGAAUCCUGAAACGAACAAAGACUCUGAUUUCUUCUCUAUUGUUUCUUUGCCAAAUUUCUAGGGUUAUGUGAAUUUUGCAGGAUUUAUUUCCUUUUAGUCUCUUAUCUAUCAAACUAUUUUCAUUUUUUUUCCUUCCUUUUCCUUACUUUGUGAAUUGAGAUGGAGGUUUCAGUAAUUGGAUGUUCUCAGGUGAAGAUCGGAACUAUCAAUUCACCUUAUCGGAAGCUUGGGUUUUUUAGUUCCAAGUAGAUCUUCACCAAAAAAAAAAAAAAAGGUUUGUUUUAAACUUGCUAGGAGAUGGACAACAGUUGAAAUUAAAGUCUCUCUCAAGGCAACGCAAUCGGAGGUCUCCUGAUCGAAGAAAAUUGCCAGAGAGAGAGCGAUGCCGAAAGGAUCGAAGCUAAGGAUGGAUUAAGCUUAUUUGUUGGACUUCCUCUGGAUGUUGUUUCCCACGGCAACACACUGAACCAUGUAAGAGCAAUCGAGGCAGGGCUGAAAGCUCUAAAGCUCUUGGGGGUAGAAGGGGUGGAAUUUCCCAUCUGGUGGGGGAUAGCCGAGAAGGACGCCAGAGGAAAGUACAACUGAUCGAGAUAUCUUGAGCUUGCAGAGAUGGUCCGAGACGCGGGUCUCAAGCUUCGCGUGUCUCUCUGCUUCCAUGUCGCCAAACAAGCCAAAAUUGAACUCCCUGAUUGGGUGUCAAAGAUUGGUGAAGCACAACCAGACAUCUUCACCGAUAGGUCAGGACGGCGCUACAAAGAGUGUUUGUCGCUGGCGGUGGAUGAUUUGUCCGUGCUCGAUGGGAAGACUCUGGUUCAGGUUUACCAGGAAUUCUUAAGAGAGCUUCAAAUCUUCAUUCUCAAACUUCAUAGGCUCUACAAUCGUGUGAGCCUAGGACCGGAUGGAGAGCUCUGGUACCAUUCUCGGCCAUCGACGAGAGGUGGCAAGAUUACAAGAGUAGGAGAACUUCAGAGCUACGACAAAAACAUGCUAAAGCAUCUGCAGGAACACGCCCAGGUGACCGGAAACCCCUUCUGGGGCCUCUCAAGUCCCAUGACACCCCCAACUACGACCAGUCGCCCUUUGCCAACACCUUCUUCAAGGAAAACGGAGGCUCCUGGGAGACCCCAUAUGGCGACUUCUUCCUCACCUAGUACUCAACCCAGUAGCGGGAAGCACAUACUAGGACUUUGUCAUUAACUAGGGGCUUCCGCAGCGUCACUCUAAGAACCUCUAGAGGCGGAGGUGGUGACGUUGGGCAGAGGCGGAGGUAUUGACGGAGGUGGCGGCGCUGAUGAACGAUGAAGAAGAUGAAUAGUAUUUUUGCCCUUAUUUGAUAUUUUUUUU